UCCCUGAGGAGAUAAAGAGAACAGCAGGAGUCAUGACCUUGUCCGAUGGAGUUAUGGGAAAUUCAGGGAGACUGUAACCUCAGAUGUAGAGCCACUAGAGUUGCCACAUCUGAUAAUGUAAAUCACACAGGAGAGAUCUUUCUGACCUCAGCAGCUCAAAUGGAGAGGAAGAUGCAGGCAAAACUCUAAGAAAAUAAGGUACUGACAGCAUUCUCUCCAACCUGCCUGCCAUCAGCUGGCACAUGCAAGAUCAUGGUUUUUAGUGGAUGGGAGAGUUUCGGUGGUCCCACAGUUGUGACCGCGGUGGCCGCGGAGACCCCCCGAGCGAGAUGAACAGCACCUCACCGUCCCUGGGGCCGGGGGACGUAACCUGGCUCGGCCCCUACAACGCCACGUUGGGCCCCGACCCCUCGCUGGGCGGGGUGCCGGUCCACACCGCCACCCUGGCCUUCUGCUCCCUCCUCCUCCUCCUUAUCUUCUGCUUGGGCUCCUACGGCAACCUGGUUGUGGUCCUGUCCUCCUUUGACCCGGCCGUCCGCAAGCUCCGCACCAGCUUCGACCUCAUGGUGCUCAACCUGUCACUCUGUGACCUGCUGGUCUGCUGUGUGACUGCGCCCAUGUUCGCCCUGCUCCUCUUCCUGGACGCGGUAGGCAGGGUCGGGGGCACGACUGGGGGAGGGAGUGGGGGUGUGGGCGUGUCCAGGGAGUUCUGCCUGGCAUUCCACCUGAGCAGCUCGGGCUUGGUGCUGAUGUCUCUGAAGACAGUGGCAGCGAUCGCUCUGCAGAGGCUCCGGGUGGUUUUGGGGCGCCAGCCAGACCGCCCCGCCCCCUUCCCCUGCACCCUGGUGCUGACCGCCCUGCUGUGGGUGUCCAGCUUCACCUUGGCCACGCUGGUCACCCUGCGGCCCCGCCUGAGGAGGGCCCCGCCCUGCCUGCCCUGCGCCGGCCUGGUGGGGGCACUGGCUGGCCCCGCCCUCUACCUUUACCUGGCUGACUUCGCCUUCUGUGUCGCCGUGGUGACCGUCUCCUACGCAGCCAUCGCCCACGCGCUGCACAGGAACACGCAGGUCUGCAGGGGCCCCGCGAUCACCACGGAUGCCACCCGCCCGCCGCCGCCGCUGGCGACCGUGGGGUUUGAGAGCGUCCAGUGCGCUGUGAGCGUUCCCGUGCCGACACUGUACCGCAACCAGGCCUACAGCAGGCUGCAGCAGGCGCACGCACUUGCCAAGGGGCGGGGUCCUCUCCCCCAGGCUACCGCCUCCUCCGGUGUCAACCUGGCCACGCCCAAGGACUCCAAGGCGGUGCUGACAUGUGUGGCGAUUGUGCUGUCUGUGCUGCUCUGCUGCCUGCCGCUGGCCGUCUCGCUCGUCUGGGACUUCCUGUCCCGCGGCAGUGACUUCCUGUCCCCGGGUGGUGGCCUCCCGCUCUACCAGUUCGAGCUGUGCGGCCUCGCCCUGGUCCUCCUCAAAUCCGGCGUCAACCCGUUCAUGUACUCGCGGAACAGCGCCGGUCUGCGGCGCCGGGUGAUCUGGUGUCUGCGGGGGGCGGCGCCGAACCCCGCCUGCUGCAGACGCAAGACCCGCCUCCGCGCUGUGGGGCGGGGCAGCCUGGAGGCCAACCGGAACAAGUCCUCCCACCGGGAGACCGACUCAGCCUGCUGUGCACAGUCACCCAAUCGGAGGAGGCUGGUGGACCAGGCGUGCGGCCCCAGCCGGUCUGCUGACAGCGCGCUGACGACCCCGCCCACCGCUGGCUGCCGACCCCGCCCUCCAAGCAGCUCCACGCCCGCAAACACCCGGGUAGAGCCCUACUACAGCAUCUACAAGAGCAGCCUGUCCGGGGAGCCCAGCUCGCCCAUUGGCUCCGCUUUCAGCUUCGCAAGGCCCUACACCACAAUGCACCACCACCCCCAGCAGGAGGCGCUGCAGGACUAUGAGAGCACCUCUAUGCACCAGAUCCCCAUACCCUCUGUAUGACCCCCACCACACACACACACACACACACACACACACACACACAGACACAC